AUGAAAGGUCUCACUGUGCUAAUAUUGGUUGUAUACGCCACGUUCGCGCAUGUUGCGGAUGCAAAUGUGAUUGGAGUAGACCAAUGUCCACCUGAACAGGAACACGAUUGGUCUAUAGAACAUUUAAUGAGGCAUGAGAAUUGCAACAUGUACUAUCAUUGUGUCUAUGGGCAACCUCUGGCGAGAUAUUGUCCUGGAAACUUGUAUUUCGACUUGAGUACUUGGCGAUGCGAAUGGCCUCAUCUUGUGGACUGUCAAGAUAGAAUUAUACCUCCUCCACCAACAGUUGUUCCUCCCACAACGACUCCAUCUACUACAACUACAACCACACCUGCUCCAACAACAACUACAACCACUCCCGCUCCAACUACAACUACAUCAACAACGACCACGACAACGCCCGCUCCAACAACGACUACAUCAACUACGACUACGACAACUCCCGCUCCAACAACAACUACAUCAACAACAACCACUACGACUCCUGCUCCAACCACUACGUCAACUACGACCACAACAACUCCAGCUCCGACAACAACCACGACAACAACAACCACUACGACUCCUGCUCCAACAACUACCACGACAACAACAACCCCCGCGCCUACAACUACUACAUCAACAACCCCGGGUAUUGAUUUCCUUGAAAACGGAUGCCCUGUAGACCCACACAUUCACUGGCUUCUACCACACGAGUAUGAUUGUAAUUUAUUCUACUAUUGUGUUUGGGGAUCAAAGGUGCUACGACAGUGCCCCGGUGUAUUACAUUUCAAUACUACGAUACAGGUCUGCGACCACCAAGUUGACGCCGGUUGUACACUCCCUGGUAGAGCGCAGUUUCAGCUCAACCAAAAACUAGAAAGACUGCUGAGACGAGGUUGA